AUGACUCUCUCAAUGACUGAUAAGCACUUGGCCAUGCGGACCUGCAGCGUCGUCGGCCUCACUCUUAUACUCCUCUUUCUCUUUCUUUUGGGAAUCUUUUUGCUGAUUCCGUUCCCUAUUGCUUUUUUCCAAAACAUUGUCAACUCGCAAGUAUACUUACAGUAAGUCAAAUAGAAUCGAAGUUCUACAAGAUCACUCAAAAUAACAGAAAGCACAAAGAUGGUCAAUUUCCAACUGCUACUUAUUUUUGGUCGAGUCUACCAGCCACACAGUAUUUCACUUUUUACUUUUUCAACGUUACCAAUCCGGAUGAAGUCACUUACAAUGGGGCCAAACCGAAUUUAGUGGAAGUCGGACCUUAUACCUAUGCGUAUGUCUUCUAUUCAUUUUGGAAAUACAACCGUGUUUUUCAGAGAGACGGAGUUCAAAGAUUUCAUCGAAUUUUUGGAUAAUGACCGGACGGUUUUUUUUCAAAACAAUAAAACAUGGGUGAGUGAGGCAAAAGGGUAAAAUCAGAGGAACACUAGCCGUAAUAAAUUUACAUUUGAAUCUUUGUUGCAACGAUAAAAUUUAUGUUGUAAAUUGAAAAAUAUAUUUUUGAAGGUUUACGACCCGUCGCGGUCCUGCGCGGAUUGCAGUUAUAGCGACGUCGUGACGCUUCCUAAUGCUGCUUACAUGGUUUCUGAUUUCAAAAAUUAAAACGUGAUAAGCUUUUCAGACUGUGGUAUACAUGAAAGCUCAACAAAACAUGAGUCCGCUCAUUGCCCUCGGGGCUGACGUCCUGACUUUGUUACUAGGAGAAGCCCCAAUCAGGUUUUUUGGAGACUUUACAAUACAUAAAUGAAAUCGAAUGAUUAUUGAAGUGUUCAGAACCGUGAGCAUGGCCGGAGUUCUUUUCGAGUCAUAUCCAGAUCCUUUUUUGGCUCUUGUGAAUAGCAAUUUUACGAAGGUCCAUCCAAAUUCGAUGUCUGAUCCAUUUAUUUUACAGACUUUGUUGGGAAUUCUGGGCAACCCUAUUCAAAUUCCGAAUGUUCCAGCGAUGGGAUAUUUUCCGAACGUGAGUAAUUAUCAUUGUUCUCAAAGAUGGUUGUUCAGUACAAUCACACUAACGAUGGAAAUUACACUAUCAAGACAGGAAAAGAUAAAUCCAACAAGUAAGUUUGAACUAUGGGUUUGAAGGAUAGGGACUUUGUGUCAAACUUUCUCCUCAUCAAAUUGACAGUAUGGCUCUAAUUCAAUCAUGGAGCAAUCUGACCCAUUUGCCCUGGUGGUCAUCUGACGAUGCUCGAGACCUCAGAAACAGUGGAGGUUCUAUUUCUCUCUUCUCAGUUUUUAGUCGCAACUUUGCAGAUGGCACAUUUCAAAGGCCUGGAUUGCAGAAAUCCGAUCGUCUCAAGCAGUUCCAGUCUUUCACUUGCAGGUUGAUUUCAUAUUUUACAAAAAAGCAUUCAGAUAUUACUUCAUAUGCGUUUUUGCAACUUAAUUUCUCCACAAUAUUGACCGACAGGAGAAAAAAAAAUUUAGACACUUCUAUUUGUCCUACUCUGGACGUGAAGAAUCGGUGAAUGGAAUCCCGGCAUACCAGUUUGCAAUGGAACCAGAUACCUACGAUUCAGUGAAACAACGAGGUUACCGCUACGAGAACAUAGAAAAAGUGGUAAGUACACAAACAAAUUGACUAUAUAAAAUGUGGCAAAAGGAUUAUUUUCCCAACUGGCCGUGUGGCCCCAACCACACUCGUUUUCUUGAUGGGAACUGUCAAGUCGACUGUAGUGCUGGAGAAAACUUGUGCAAUCGCUGCUGCAACGGCAAGCCAAAAUGUGAAAGUUCAUUGGAAUCGUUUUUUUCAGGAUCAUAUGUCAACGGGACAUAUUUGUUACCACAAGGAAUCGUUCCUCUCCGCUGUCUUCCAGGUGAAAACUUUUCAAAUUUCCCUUCGAAUCAAACAUUUUGAGAGCAAAAUUAAACUAAAACUCAGAAAAUGCUUCUAAAUGGCAAUUUCGUCAACAUUUCUGUGGGAUAGGGACGAAAUAGCCUUGAGCUCUAGAACUUUUUGUAAAGGUUUUUAUAGUUGAAUUUUUAAAGCGAGAUAUAAAGCAGCGGCCGCGCGCCUUUGUCGAACCGAUUGACAAAAAUCGAACGAGUGAUGAGCAAUUACUUUUUGAUUCAUAUUCUUGUUGCUGAUGAACAACCAAAUCUCAAGAAACAACGCAUAGAGCCCUGGAAGACCCCUAAUCCGAAUUUAUUAGGCGAAAAAAGAAUACUGAAAAAACUUUUCUGGAAAAAGUCUGCAAAAUGAGAGAUUUUGCUGAUAUUCUCAAAGCUCUGAAACGGUUUUCGCUGCCGUCCAUGGGCUCACGAUUUUUAAAGACCUGGCUUUUCCAUGUUCGAAAAGUUCGCCGGAGCGUAUGCUUUCGGAAAAGUAAAAAAAAUUCUUUACGAUGUCAAAAUUCAUAAUUUCAGGGCAAUUAGUACCACUUCCUUUUGCCGGAUUCCUAUCUCCUCCACAUUUUUUGUGGUCUCCCAAAGAAGUGAGAGAAAAGUUGAAAACUUGGAACUUCUAGAAGUUGAGGUGACUACAAGCUUACCAGGACUUGCGCCUGAUGAGAAUAAACAUCACCCAGGAAUGUUCAACAUCAAUCCAGUCAGUUAAAUUCAGCGGAAACUUUUUUAGCCUUUUUUAUUUUCAGCUCACCGGAUCGACAGUUGGCGCUAUCUUCCGUAUGCAACUGAGCGUUCCGAUUUACCUCUCAUUUGACUUCACGUGAUUUCACACUUUUCAAAUGAAAUCUUUCAAGAAUUUCAGCCAAGCGAGCAACCUCGCCAAUUCGUUUCUUCCAUCUUUUUGGCUUGAAAUCAACAUCGAAAUGAGAGACUACGCAGUAUCCUAUAUAAAGUUCAAUACGGUUGCUCUGCCGAAAAUCAUUCUUGGUGUGGGGAUCGCUCUUGUUGCUAUCACGGUAGGAAAUCCAUCACAUAUAUGUUCAGAAGUUUUUCUUUUCCAGACGAUUUUGCUUUUGGUGGGAAUUUUCAUCGUAAUUCGCAAACGUCGUCAAAGAAUCCCCAAACAAGUCGAAACUGUCGCAAGGGCAAAUACAUCAUGGUCAACUUCAUAG